UAUUAGGUUAUUUUUCUAAUACCCUUCACCCACAGAGAAAUAGCCAUUGAAGAAGAUGAGGAGAAUUUCUCUGCGAAAUGGCAAUGGCAAUGGUAUUUCCUUUAUCUCUUUCUCUGCUGAUUCAGUAAUUACUGGAAGAAGUUGUUCUUCAUGCGAUUACAGUAAAGAAUCAAUUUCAGUUAAGGAUAAAAUUGGUGUAAAUAGUAGCAAUUUAGAUGAUGCUGUUACUCUCUUCCAUCAAAUGGUUACAAUGAAGCCUCUUCCUUCAGUUGUCGAUUUCUCUAAAUUGUUUAAGACUAUGAUAAAGAUGAAACAUUACUCUGCUGCCAUUUCUCUUUUUCGACAAAUGCUGAAAUUGGGUAUCCCAAUUAAUAAUUUCAUCUUGAGUAUCAUGAUUAAUAGUUAUUGCCUGAUGUGUCGUGUUGAUUGUGCAUUUUCGGUGUUACCCAUUUACUUGAAAAAUGGCAUUCCGUUUAAUGCUGUCACCUUUAACACCUUAUUAAGGGGACUCUUUAGUGAAAAUAAGGUCAAAGAUGCAGUUGAAUUGUUCAAGAAGUUGGUAAGAGAGAAGAUUUGUGAGCCUGAUGUAGUAACGUAUGCAACUGUAAUGAAUGGGCUAAGCAAAAGGGGUCAUACUCAGAAGACUUUAAGUUUGCUCCGGUUAAUGGAACAAGGUAAUACUGAGCCCAACAUAUACAUCUACAACAUUGUUAUAGAUGCUCUUUGCAAAGAUGGAAACUUAGAUGCUGCUAUCAACAUUCUGAACGAGAUGAAGCAGAAAGACAUUCAUCCAGACGUAUUAACGUAUAAUUCAUUGAUUGAUGGUUUAUGUAAGCUCGGUCAGUGGGAAAAGGUUACGUCUUUGUUCUCUGAGAUGGUGAACCUUAAUAUUUAUCCAGAUGUGUGCAUCUUCAAUACACUAAUAGAUGGACUAUGCAAAGAAGGGAAAGUUGAAGAUGCUGAGGAAGUAAUGAAACACAUGGUCAGAAAAGCUGUAGAGCCUGAUAUAAUUACAUACAAUGCGAUAAUGGAUGGAUAUUGUUUGCGUGGUCAAGUCGAUAGAGCAAAGAGAAUUUUCGAUAUCAUGAUCGAUAAGGGCAUCAAGCCUAACAUUUUUAGCUAUAACAUACUAAUAAAUGGAUACUGUAUGACAAAGGAAGUGGAUGAUGCUAUGCAAUUGUUUUGUGAAAUUUCUCAAAAGGGAACAAAACCUGAUGUCGUCACCUACAAUACUAUCUUGCAAGGUCUUUUUAAAGUUGGAAAAAUAGUCCAUGCUAGAAAAUUCUUUGCUGAGAUGCUAUCUGCAGGAUUCAUACCUGAUUUUUACACUCAUGGCAUUGUGAUAAAUGGUUAUUUUAAGAAUGGACUUGUUGAAGAGGCUUUGUCACUCUUUAAUAAGUUAGAAGGAAAGAGAGAAAUUACUGAUAUUGAAUUUUACAAUGUUGUCAUCAAUGGAUUGUGCAACAUUGGUAAACUCGAUGAAGCUCGUGCUAUUUUUGAGAAGCUUUCUUUAAUUGGAUUGCUUCCGAAUGUGAGAACAUACAAUAAGAUGAUACAUGGAUUUUGUCUUGAAGGUUUGUUAGAUGAAGCUAAUGAUAUGCUAAGAAAAAUGGUGGAGAAUGGUUAUCUGCCAAACGUCUUCACUUACAAUGCCCUUGUGCAGGGAUUUCUCAGGUGUAGAAAAAUUACUGAAAUGACAACUUUUAUGAAGGAAAUGACGGGUAGGGGGUUCUCAUUUGAUGCAACUACAACUGAGUUAUUGGUAAACGUUCUAAGGGAGAGUCCAUCCGUCCUUGACAUGAUACUAGAUCUUCAUUCAAAAAUUAUGAAGUGAUUCUUUCGCCUGAUUUAUUUGGCUACACUAUCAUUGUGAUGCAAUUUCCUCUAAGCACUGCAAAACAAAUGCUUUCUAUUGUAGUUGUUGAAGCAGAAAAGCCAAUUAGAACGUCGCUUGGGCUUUGCAGGCAGGCUUAUUGAAAAGGUGCAACAAAAUUAGUGAAAUGGCAUCUUUCAUGAAGGAAAUAGCUGGAAGGGGCUUCUCAUUUGAUGCAACUACAACUGUUAUAAGUGAGAAUCUUUCCGUCCUUGACAUCAUACAAAUUACAAGAGCUUCACUUAAAAAUUGGAGAUAGAAGUUUUAAUCCUCCAUUUUCUAUUGUCUAACUUUGCAAGAUUACGUCAGGAAAGUCAUAGAACUGGGAAGAUUAUCCAAGCAAGAGAAUUUGGGAACUUUUUGACAGAAGAGGCAAAUAUUUGUUUAUCGGCAUUGGAGCAGUUAAUGUAAUAGUAUCUUGCUUUGGUUGCAUUGGAGCGGCAACAAGGAAUGGUGGUUGUAUUUGCACGAGUGUUUUACCUUCAUGACUAAUUAUGUAUUUGUGGAAAACCUAAAAUAUUUUUGAAGAAAUUUAUUUCAUGAAUAUGUUAAAAUUAUGAUGUUGGAGAACUUAUAAUUUGGAUAAAUUGGAACAUUUUCAGUCAGAUUUUGAGGUCUUACUUGUAUAGCUUCUUCUAUUUUGAAUUUACUUGGAUGAGGUUUUGACCAUUUUGGGCUUAAUCCAGACUUGCUCACGUGUCAGGGGUGAUUUACAAGGAUGAUUUUGGAGGCGACUAGUCUUAAACUUUUGACUUCACUUGUCCCAUGGGAAAAACUUCAAGUUCAACAAUUUUUUACUUUUUCCCCAGAAGAUUUGUCCAUGGAGCAAGCAGCCGGGAGCCAAAAGUUCCAACACCACGUAGGUGUAAGUUCCUGCAUGUCAAGGGGUGAUAGAUUUGAUUACAUUUCCUAUAUGUUAGUUCCUGCAGGUAGGUAUAAGUUCCUGCAUCAGCUUAUAUAUUUCAUUGACUUCCCCUUUUUGUCUCAUUGCCUGGAAUGCAGACACAACUGUGAGUUUUCCUCUUGCUUCUAGCUUCGAGUAUGCUCUAUCUAAUUCCUCCCCCUCUUUAGGUGGGUCCACCUUUUCUAGAAUAUGUCCUGCCAACCCUUGAGGAAGAAUUCUUCUGAGUGUAUUUUCUUGCCAUUGCCCCCUUUCAGCUGUUUCUUUGACUAGUAUAUUUGUAUGAUCACACUCAAAAUUUGGUGGAAUGAUUUGACAUAAAGUACACAGUCCUGUCCAAUUGUUUAACCAGAAGUAUGAGUUGCCCUCUUUCAUCAACAUAAUAUAGUACAUUUAAUGUUUAUGAAUAUUCAGCUGACAUUAAUACAGACAAGUGCUAGGUUAAAAGUUUUAAAUCUCCAUUUUCUACUGUCUAGUUCUACAAGAUGAUUUACUAGAUUCCACACUAAUAGUUGGUCAUGUGUAAUAUUUAUUACAACCAAAUACUCUUUGUGCUUUCUUUUGUCCCCUCCUCUCUCUCAUUAAUUCUCUUGAAAAUUACGUCAGGAAAGUCUACGGAACUGGGAAAGAUUAUCCAAGCAACAGAAGUUGGGAACUUUAUGACAGAAGGGGUAAAUUUGAUGGCUCUUCUUAUAUAAAAGAAAUGUGCAGUAUUGAAAUGUGCUUCUUGCCAAAAGCUAGAUCUGUAGUUAGAUAGCAAUAGAUUCUUUUACAAUGAUGUCAAAUAUGUUUGUGUGGGUGGUAGAACAAGAUCAUUACAGUCGCAGCAGAAACUGUAGCAAGAAAGUGAUGCAAUUGUCACAGGUGUUGUGUUUUGGUUCAUUUCUCAAACCUCUAGCCUUUUUCUAGUGAAGAUAAGCUUUAUUAAAUACUUUGCUACAUAGUCUAUCCGCUUCCUGGCUCAUCCCUCGCUUUGACAAUUACUACACCUUUCCAAAGGUUAUGAUCUAUUUCUGCAGAGAUACACUUCUACUGUUGCAAAGCUGAAAAUCCUGGGAAAUUGCUCCUUGAAAUGGCUUGUUCCAUAUCCAUCUGUCUUUACCCGAAUAGGAUUUUUAAUAGGAUUAUUUUCUACCACCUCCCAGUUUAAUUUGAAUGUGCUUUGGGAAUUUGCUCCAUAAGUUUCUGACGAAUUAUAUAUGGUCUUUACCUUUUUGUUUGUGCCACAUUAUACUGUUAACAGACGCUACUGCUUUUCUUCAUAAGAUAUCUAUAGUUUUGAUUCGGUUUGAAUCCUCAGAACUUGACUCCAUGAUUUAUUAAGAUGAUAGAAUGACAAGUUUAUUCUUCCUUUUACUUCUUGGAGGACGGAUGACUCAUCUUUGAUGUUCAGUUUGUUGGAUUUGAACAUGUUCUACUCAAGCGGUGGAGCCUGGAUUUGAAGUUCAUGGGUUUUGAGUUUGUCACCAAAACCUGGUAGUUUGUGUUAGUUAGUGGGCUCGCACUUAAAUAAUGAUAUAUAUUUAAUAAAAUUCCUGACACAAGUACAGGGUCUAAGCAAUAGCUACUGGGCUCGCCCGAACCUGUAGCUAUUACUCUCCCUGUGCCCCUAUUCUCCGGAUAACUAAUUGACCUAUUUGUUAUGCUGCAGGCUCAUAAUAGUAUCUUGCUGUAGUUGCAUUGGAGUAGUGACAAGGAUUGGUUGCUGCAUCUGCAUGAGUGGUUUACAUUCAUGAUUACUAUGUAUUUGUGGAACAUUUCUAGAUAGAUUUUGGUAUCUUACUUGCAUAGCUUCUCUUUGGAAUUAACUUGGAUGAGUUUUUGACCAUUUGGGCUUAAUCUAGACUUGGUUAAAUGUCUGGUGUUUUA